AAUAAUGGCCACCUUAGCCAAUCAGAGCGCGCCUUUCAAACGGGCGGGAAAACUCGCGCCACCUGUCAAUGCGCUGACACAACUUGAGCUCUUUAAACAUGGCCUCCUCCGCGCCGGUCGGCUGCAUGUAUCGAGUGACGCCGAUCUACGAAGAAAUCACCUCCGUCGAGCUCCCGAGUUGCAUGUACAGGGUGGCGAGCGUCUACGGUGAGACGUCCAACAUCCCGAACGGCGUGAUGCCUAUCGUCAACGCGGGUGAUAUGGUAGCCGAGUUGGAACGCCGGCAACAACAGCUACUAGAGAGAUUGAACCACCUGAAGGAGCUUGUGGACAACGUUAAGGCCACGUCGACUCCUCAACAGCCUAGCCCUGGUCAAGCAGUUAGAGUGGCAACGGUCCCGACUAGAGCACCGAUGCGGGUCGGCAAGAGGACCGGCUCCCUCGUGGACAUCGUCGUAAGCGCAUCGCCCGAUCACCCUCCGUGGAGCCUCUGGCCCCUGCGUCGCCUGUUGUCGCAGCACAUGCGGGUGCUGUUUGCGUGCCACACGCAUUCGUCCGUGGGCGCCUUGCCCGCAAACCUGAACUUCCUGGCGGCCGGGCCCGACACGGGUCCCUCCGCUGAAUCGCGCAUGUCUCACGACCUCGCUCUCACUCUGGUCUGGAAGCAAGUGGACGAGAACUGCGAGGUCAUGGUGAGCCCCGUGAUCCAGGCGGCCAUCGUGGGAGAGGUGAACCUCAUCAGGUACCUCGGGCGGCUACUGAGCCCCUCCUACGAAUCGGGAGACGCCGUGACCGCGACGGAGGUGGACUACUGGCUUUCGUUGGCUCACCACGGUGUCAUCCACGGCAAGAACAAGGAGCAGCAGGCCGUUCUCAAGUCCCUCAACGCGCAGCUCGGCAGGACGCCCUACGUCCUGGGUUCGGUGCCGGGCCUCGCCGACAUUGCCCUGUGGAGCGCGCUGCUGCAAUCCAAUCUCGCGUGCGGUGCCCCUAACAAUGUGAAGAAGUGGUUGAAGACUCUUAACGCAAACCCCAUCUUCGCACUACCCAAGGGGUGUUGCGUCCUAAGCGAUCUAUGAACGAAUCCAAAUAGAAACGUUAGGAACAGAAACUUUGCUUAGUCGUUUACGUGCAUUCGGGGGUUGAACAUUUGGGUUCUUAUCUUGUUAGCCUUGUGCAACCGAUAAAGAGUUAGGAGUAAAUAAUGGUUUACCGACAGUUCUCAGGUACUCAAAAACACUUUACGUUAUCGCAAGUAUCGAAAGGUAGUAUUGACUGGGUCCAAACGAAAAGUCUUUUUUUUUGUGUGUGUGGUUUAGUCUGGAAUUUCUCAUUUUCACUCAGGCCUUCACCAAUAACUUAACAUGCUUGUUGGCUUUUGUGUUCCCUCUGUCAAUUCAUUGCUGUGUAUCAAGUUGUACUAUGUGGGGUUAGUACAGCAGCGUUUUUUUUUUUUUGCUUUGUCAUCGUGAUUUGAUCAACAAACAAACGGCGUUACUCCUUUGAAUGUUGACGGCAGCAUCACGUUUGGCUUGAAAACCGUUGUGAAAUAAAAGGUGAAUUCCAAAAUGCA